AUGUCCAUUUUGAGCCUUUUUCUCGUAUUUUGCGCUCUCUAUGACGCUCUAGCGGCUUCUAACGAGGCAGUAAAUGAAUUUGAGAUGCGUAUGUAUCAUGCACAGACUCAUACGAAGCGACGAUCAAUGACGGGACCGAUAAGAGCCUCAGAUAAGAUGCGCGCUGAGGCUCUGGCUAAAACAACACAAGUGGUAGACAAGGCCAAUGCAGAGCAUAAAGCAGGCAAGAAGAGCUAUUUUCUGGGCUAUAAUGAGCUGAGUGACUUGACCGAUGAGCAGUAUCGAGCAUUUUUGGGCUUGGGACCAGAUAAAGAUUCACCUCGAGGGAGGAAACAACAAGAGAAGCACCAAUUGAUGCGAGAGAAGAGAAGGAAAGCGGUGAUCGUUAAUUUUGAUCUGGAUGCUACGGAAGAAGAAAGUAAGAACCAUGUGGAGAAAGAUGAGAUGGAGGUGCCAAUGACAGUGGACUGGACAACGAAGGACGGAGGGAAAUAUAUGACACCGAUCAAGAACCAGGGGACGUGUGGAAGCUGCUGGGCAUUUGCAGGCGUGUCCGUAGUGGAAUCAAGAUUUGCUAUUGAAAAUAAUGUAUCAGCAUCGGUACUGAGUGUAGAGCAAGUGUUGAGCUGCUCGGCAUCAUUAGAUCAUAUUCAAAGCAAAUUUAAGGACAAUAUGACCAGCUCGUCGGAAGGAUGUGCGGGUGGAAUGCCGUUUCUUACGUAUGCAUAUCUGAACCUUGCUAAACCUCACGGAAUUUCGUGUGAGAGCACGUAUCCGUACGUAAUGGCAACGAAUGAGACUGAUACAGAGUGUUAUGUGCUGCCUGUGACGGACGUCGCAGUGGCUUGGGAUGAUCAGGUGUCGGAUUACAAGGUUGUUGCUGCAAAUGAGCAGGCACUACUUCGAGCGGUGACGAUGGGACCUGUCACAGCUAACGUUGAUGCCACAGGAGAUGGCUUUCGUCACUACGCAGGUGGGAUUUAUGAUGCUCAAGACUGUCUUAGCGAUGAAUAUGAAGUCAACCACGCUGUGGUGGUUGUGGGAUUUGGACAGACUGACACUGGUGACGAGUUUUGGAUACUUCGUAAUACGUGGGGUACGAUGUGGGGCGAGGACGGCUAUAUGCGUAUAGCGCGCGGUGGUAACAUAAGUGAAUACGGACCAUGCAACCUCUAUCGAUACGCAGACUAUCCCGUAAACCUAACGGUUGGUCCUAACUCGACCAGAGGUGAACCUGCAUGCGCCGUGCAUAAGCUAGUUUUCGAGCCUCUGCCGCUCAUGGAGUUAAUUGGCCUUACAGGCAACCAGAUUGCUUUGUUAGUGCUAUCAGCCGUUCUAUGUGUGAUUGCUGGGGUGGCACUGUAUCAUGGAACGGAAUUGAGGCAAAAGCGAAAGGAAGCCACCGGAAACUUGAGUUACCAGGACAGUUAUGCUCGCUGGGUAUUGCCUUCUCGUGACCAGAUCGCUGCAGCACUUGCCCGGCGCAAUGCCAGGCACACUCAGCGUACGACAACGUAA